ACCAGACAUCAAUCCAGGUUCUCCACAUCUUUCUAAACAAGUCUCUCCUAUUUCAAACUUGUACAGAAGAGCCUUUGGCGUUAACUCGUUCCCAUGCUGCUGCUGGUGCUGCUCCAGUUUUCCAUAUGCUGCCUCAUGCUGGGGAACAGUGAGGUGGUGACAUCUUUUGAAAACACAUGCCCUCAGUUUUUCUUCAGGGAAACCCCCCCAAAUGAUGCCAUCAAACCUGCCAAUCCAGCCCAGAUUUGCCAACUUUAUAAGAAUCAGUAUCGCUUUGCUACUUUGUAUGACAGGGACAACCGCAUUCCAAUAUACUCUGCGUAUGUGUACCAACCUGGUUAUGGUAAGCGACCUGAUAGCUGGAUGGUAGAACCCCAGCUGAUGGGUUCAAAUUACCAAAAGGAAAUGGCAACUGAAUGGAUCCUCUUAAAUGAUAUCGGUGUUGACCAGGGACUGCUUAAUGAGAGCCAGGCCGUCCUCCGAGAUUAUAAGAAUCUGACUAAUUUCAACAGGGGCCAUUUGAACCCCAAUGGGCACCAACCCGACCCUGACUAUAAGGCUGCUACCUUCACCCUGACUAACAUUGUGCCACAGUUUAUGAAUCUCAAUGGUGGGAAAUGGAACAACUACGAACAAGAGGUAAUGAUGAGUAGGACUGAAGGGUGUGCUACCACAUACGUCGUUGUGGGAGUGGUUCCGGGCAACAAUUACAUAGCUGGAGGCAGAGUCAAUAAGCCCAGCCACAUCUGGUCUGCUGCCUGCUGUGAGAUUGAUAACAAUCACAGGAAGUCCUGGGCAGUCAUUGCUCUGAAUGAUCAGAAUGCAGUUGAGCUGCUCACUCUCGGUGAGUUAGAGGAGAAGCUGGUUGAACUGUACAGAAAAGAGGAGAUCCUUCUGUUUGACAGUGACUGUCCCCGACAAUAAACUCCUGACCCCACUCACACACCUCUCCAUAUCCCCCUGGAGAAAGGGGUUGGGAGCCUUCACCAGUAGCUGUGCUGUCUUGACCAUUAUACACACUGCAUUUAGCCCGUCCUGUUUGUUUAUUAAAUGUGUUUACAGCUCUCUCUUCCCAACAA